ACUCAAAAUAUUUACCGAAAAUUGAUAAAUAUUUGAAAAUUCCGAAAAACAAAAAUUAAGAUGAACAUUCCUGCGGAUUUUUGACGUAGUUUUAGUCCAGUGAAAUUGACUCGCACUUGAUUUUCGUGUCGUAAAGAUAGGUAUAGAUAAGACUGUGGAACUAUUUAUGGCUGCGAUGUAAAACCUUUUGAAUUCAAAUCUUAUGCAGUGACGAGUUUGCUGCUUCCAAACUUUUAUUUUUCGACCAUAGUAAAUGUUGUGAAAUGGUAUACACCAUCGAUGAAGAGUCUUCGGGAAAUGGACCAUCCAAAUCUUCACACACAUUUGAAGAAGCUGUUACACUUAUCGGCAAUGGCAAAUUCCAUUUCAUAUUGCUGAUUGCGACCGGAUGCUCUUUACUUGGCGUAAUAAUGGAAGGCCUCAACAUGGCUAUCGUUUUGCCGGCUGCAAAAUGUGAUAUCGAAAUUACAACCACCGAGCAAGGACUAAUCAAUACCGUCGGCUUCAUUGGUGUUGUGCUAACUUCUCAUUUCUGGGGAUUUAUGUCUGACACAUGGGGGCGCCUGAAGGUGUUGAGGUUUGCACUGUUUUGGGGAUUCACUUUUUCUAUAGCCUCCAGUUUUGUUACAACCAGUAAGAUGCUGUUGAUAAUGCGAUUCUUGGUUGGAUUCUUUCUUUCAGGCGUUCAAGCAGCGGCACUUUUGUACCUAGGAGAAUUCCAUUGCUACAAAAAUCGUGCAAAAUAUGUGACAUUCGCUGCAAUGUUUAUGCCAAUGUCGAUUGUAUACCAACCGGUUAUGGGCUGGCUAAUUAUGACCAUGGACUGGAAGUAUACUAUUCUAGGCUUCGUUUAUCGACCGUGGCGCUUGUACAUGGUGUUAAGCAGUUUGAUAAACGCCUUUGCUUACUGCCUUUUUCUAUUCCUACCGGAGAGUCCAAAAUUUAUGCUUGCAAUGGGAAAGCCGGAGGAAGCGUUGGAUAUUUUAGUCAUCGGAUACAAAGCCAAUGGAGGAAAAGAUAAAUUUCCAGUGACCCAAAUUUCGCUCGAAUCGAUUGGUUCGAAUUUGGCCGAUACUCGUAAACUGGGAGCAACGGUCAAAAUGAUGUGGGACCAAACGUGGCCGCUGUUCAAACCGCCCUAUUUUACCAACAUCAUUCUGCUGUGCUACCUGGCGUUCGUAUCUUUUUUUGUGGGUCACGGACUCUACAUGUGGUAUCCACAGAUUUUGGCAUUGUCUUAUCCGAAUAUGAAUGCACGGCUGACAAUGUGUGAAGCUCUUGCAAUGACUUGGAGCAAGCAAGAGUAUGAAAUAAUUGACACAGUAACAAGUGAAGUCAUUGAAUUCAGUUGUCAACUCGAGAACGAUUCGACGACCUACCAAAUCAUUCUGGUGAUGGGAUUAACGUUUUGCUGUAUUUAUGGAUUGGUUGCGCUGAAUGUUAAGCGAUGCGGGAAGAGCCUUCUAUUUCCAAUUUGGCUACUAGUUUCCACAACGACUACUCUUUGUAUCAUUUGGGCCGAUAUAUUCUAUUUCCAUGUCGUUCUAACAAUAUUCAUGAUCUCAUGCGGAUAUUGUGGCAGUAUCAUUACAGCUGUGGCCGUUGAUCUCUUCCCAACACAUUACAAGGGUAUGGCCCUAUGUUUGGUGAUGAUGUUCGGACGGAUAGGUGCUGUUGUUGGAAGUAAUUUCGUGGGCGCACUUCUUGACGGUGAAUGCAGUGCCAUUUUUACAAUAAAUGCGUCGCUAUUGUUAGUUGCAACUAUAAUUUGCUUUAUUGUUAUGCGAAAGACUGAUUCGAUAAUAGAAAACAACUCGUAGCUCCUGCUCAUACCAUGCUGAUCUUAGAGUUAAAAAUCAAAGACGACAAAAAUAAGCAACAAUCUCUGGCUAUUGUGGUAUUAAAGUUAAAGGUCUUGUCUAUGUCGAAAGCUCCACUGAUGGUGGUGUUAUGCUUUCCCUCUGUGAAUAGUUAAUUUGAGUAUUAUUGAAUUUGUAGAAUUUUAUGCUAUACCGAUAAUAAAGGUUUUUGCUUAAAA